AUGGUUGAAAUUUUUCGUUUUUCGAAAAACAACAAAACUCAGGCCUUGGAGAGGGCCGAAAACAUUAAAUUGGAAGGAAACAGGCUGUUCAGUCAAAAUGAUUUUCAAUCUGCUCUUGAACACUAUACUGAGUCCAUCCGGAUAGUUGAAGACUCAUAUUUGGAUUCCUAUACCAAGAGGGAUUCUGAUAAUUGGAUCACUCCCGAGCUUAGGAAGACAAAUCUUCACCAAUACUACUCCAAUCGUGCCAUUUGCAACAUUAAGAUAGAAAACUACGGUUCUGCGAUUAUGGAUGCCAGUACUGCCAUCCAGCUGCAACCUGACUUUUUUAAGGCUUAUUAUCGUAGAGGCUGCGCCUAUCUUUGUCUUCUCAAGUUCCAGGAUGCCGAAACCGACUUCAUGAAGGUCCUUUCUCUUUGCAACGACCCUACUGCUCGCAUGAAGCUGAAGGAGUGCAAGAAGAUUCUUCGCGAGAAGAAGUUUUCCGAGGCCAUUAUGAGAGGUACUCGUAAGAUCAUCCAACCCUAUUCAGAGUCGCCGCCCCCUCUUCAUGAAACUAUCAACUUGGAAUCAAUUGUCGUUGACGAAACCUACAGUGGACCAGUUUUUUCAACUGACUUGCUGACUAGCUUAUCGGACAAGACUGCAUUCCUUUCUCAGGUGCUGGACUUCCUGAAGGUUCCGUCCAAUAAGUUUCCGAAGAAAUUUGUUUGUACUAUUAUUAUUGAGGUUAUCAAGAUCGUUAAACAGUAUGAAUCUGUGGUUGACAUUACUCUGGGCGCCGAGGAGGAGCUGACGGUUUGCGGCGACAUUCACGGGCAGUUUUACGACCUGCUGAACAUUUUCAGCAUCAACGGCCUGCCCAGUGAGACGAACAAGUAUCUGUUCAACGGCGACUUCGUGGACAGGGGCUCGUUCUCCUUCGAGUGCGUCAUCACGCUCUUCCUGGCCAAGGUUCUAUUCCCGAGCUCCUUCCACGUUGUCAGGGGCAACCAUGAGACUGAGACUCUCAACCGGUGCUACGGGUUCACUGGCGAGAUUCUGAACAAGUACGACGAGAGGGUCUACACUCUCUUCUGCGAGAGCUUCCGGUGUCUCCCGCUGGGCUAUUUGUUGAACGGCAAGGUUCUCAUCGUCCACGGGGGCCUUUUCGGGGCAGAAAACGUGACCAUUGACGACCUCAGGAGGAUUGACAGGUUCAGGGAACCUCCGGAAUCUGGACUCAUGACUGACAUGCUCUGGUCCGACCCCAAGCCUUCGACGGGCUUGUCUCCUUCGAAGCGGGGUGUCGGCUUCGAGUUUGGGCCUGACAUCACUCACACAUUUGUCUCAAACAACGACCUUUGGUACAUUAUUCGCUCACACGAGGUGAAACAGAACGGCUAUGAGGUGGAGCACGACGGGAAGGUGAUUACCAUCUUCAGUGCCCCCAACUACUGCGAUCAGAUGGGCAACAAGGGCGCUUUCAUAAGGAUAAAGGGAGACACGCUGGAACCCAAGUUUACGCAGUUUGAGGCGGUGGAACAUCCUCCGAUUAAGGCCAUGCACUACGCAAACCCGCUUUUCAGUGGAAUCUUCUAA